AUGUCAACUAUUGAUUAUUCAUAUUAUGCAAAGCAUAUUAAGACUUAUUGUAAUGAUGAGGAGUUUGUAGAGCUCAGAACAGUCGAUGAAAUGUGUCAGAUAAUGCAAAGAACAAAGUUACCAGUUUCACAAUUCGUUGAUUUAUUUUUAAUGAUGAAAAAGCAUUUCAAUCCAAUAGAACUAUUUCAAAUCUUACAAAGUACAAAAUUAAAUAUAGGUUCAAAUCUUAAAGAUAUCCAAAAAGUUAUAAUUUGUUUAUCUUGCGUACUUGAUGCUAAAAUAUUUUCCAAACUUAGUGAUUCAAUAGAUUUAUAUUCAAAGAACUCGGCAUCAGAACCAAAAUUGAUGAAUGUAUUGAAGAAAUGCCCAAUGACCGAUAGUUUAGAUAAUUUAAAUUCUAUUUAUAAGAUUUUAUCAUUAGCCGCCGAAAAAGGACAAGAAAACGUAAUAAAAUAUGCAAUCAACACAGGCUAUGCAGAUGUUAAUGGCGAUAUUAUAUUAAGAAACAUUGAGAGCACAUAUGAAUUGUUUCAAUCAAAUGUUUUGAUCAAAGCAGCUUCAGAAGGCGAUUUGAAUCUUGUGAAAGCAUUAGAAAGAAAUGGUGCAGCAAUGGGAUACAGAACUGAGUAUGGAGAAUGUAUUCUUCAUGCAUUUUGUUUAUCAGGAAAUUUGGAAGGAGUUAAAUAUGCCUUGAAUUUCUUUGAUGUUAAUGAUGUCAGUGUAGCAAGUAAAACUCCUUUCUUUUGUGCAGUUUGGGCAAGUCAAUUACAUGUUAUUGACUUCCUUAUUAAGAGACGGGAUUUAGAUAAAGGCAUCAAGGCAGUAUCUGGAUCAGUUUUAGAUUCAGUUAUCUCUCAAAUUAGAGGUUAUAUUAAAUUGGCUGAAAAGAUCGGAAAAAAAGGAAUGAAAACGCCAGUUUAUAGAAAAUAUGUCUUUAAUUGGGAUUCAGGAAUAGAUCCAUUUAGCAGCCUUAGAAAAAAACAUGUCUUUAAUUGGGAUUCAGGAAUAGAUCCAUUUAGCAGCUUUAAAAAAAAAUACUGA